CUUCGCAUUUUCGCAAGACGUGCUCCGGGCUCCGGUGUUCGUUGAAGGUGAAUUCAAGGGUGGUGGAGAGAGAGAGACGGGACUCGAACUGAACAGCUGAGCGAAAGUAUCGAGCCAUAAUAUCGGAUCGAGCACCGUGCGCUUUGCUCGUGAAUCGUCUCCCGGCUUUGCGGUCUCGCGGAGAAAAAACAUGUCGAAAUACAGGAUCGUUAUGGUUCGCCACGGCGAGAGCGAGUGGAAUAAGUUGAACCUCUUCUGCGGGUGGUACGACGCCAAUCUGUCGGACAAGGGCAAGAGUGAGGCAGUGUCCGCGGGGAAGGCUCUCAAGGAUGCGGGCUACACGUUCGACGUGGCUCACACGUCGGUACUCACAAGAGCGCAGGAGACCCUCAAGUCGAUCCUGAAGGAGAUCGGCCAGGAGGAUUUGCCGGUUCAAAAGACGUGGCGUUUGAACGAGCGACACUACGGCGGUCUUACCGGCAUGAACAAAGCGGAAACGGCCGCCAAGUACGGAGAGGAACAGGUGCAGAUCUGGCGGAGAUCGUUCGACGUGCCGCCACCGCCGAUGGAGGCCGAUCAUAAAUAUCACGACACGAUAGUGAAGGAUCCGCGUUACGCCGAUGGCCCGAAGCCCGAGGAAUUCCCGAAGUUCGAGUCCCUCAAGUUGACCAUCGAGAGAACGUUACCUUACUGGAACGAGACGAUUAUCCCGCAGUUGAAGGAGGGCAAGAGGAUCAUUAUAGCCGCCCACGGAAACAGCUUGCGCGGCAUAGUGAAACAUCUGGAUCAAAUGACCAACGAUCAAAUUAUGGGGCUGAACUUGCCGACCGGUAUCCCGUUCGUGUACGAGUUGGACGAGAACUUCAAGCCGGUCGUUUCUAUGAAGUUCCUGGGCGAUGAGGAGACUGUUAAGGCCGCGAUGGCCGCGGUUGCCGCGCAAGGAAAGGCCAAAUGAACGACGAUAAAUCUGAAAAAUUGUUUAACGUGUCGAUUUGCGAGAAGCAAAUCUCUCUUGUAUGUCUGUUAACUAAGUAUUUAUGAACCUCUAGUUUCGUUACCGUGAUAGAGAAUGUAGCUCGAGAAAGACGAUAGAAUGUUCUUGCUUGAACGAGCAUUCCUCUUGUGUAAAGUAAAGAAAAAAUAUAUAUCAUAGAAUAUAUC